AUGUUGCCUGCAAUACAGCUGCAAUACUCUACGCGUCCAUUAUGUGAAAAUAAUGUUCCAUCUAAACCGUAUGGAUGUAUAUCCGACACUGCGGGUGUUGCCAUGUGUAUUAGUGAAGACCAGAUAUGUGAUGGCCUGACCGACUGUGGUGACGGAUCAGACGAACAAGAUUGUGAUUACAGUAAAUGGUACGGCACUGCAGGUGGCAAGUGCCCGGCUCCAAAUCAAAAUGCGUCGGGUGCUGGUGGUAUGGCUGUUCUUGGGCCACAAUUUAACGAGGCUCACAACUAUUUUCGAUGUCUCCAUGGCGCCCAGAAUAUGACGUACGACGUGUUGCUUCAAGAAGGCGAUGCCAAAAAUGCUGCUGACAAUAGCGCCGCUUCAGGCACACUGACACACACCCACAGCGGCGAGAAUUUGGCGGGUGUACAAAUUAGUGUCUCCAAGACUACAGGAUUUGGUAUCACCAAGUUGUGGUACGACGAGGUGAAUGACUAUAAUUAUGAUGACCCAUCUAAAAGUACCGGUACUGUAGGACACUUUACUCAAGUUGUAUGGAAUUCGAGCACGAGCCUCGGAUGUAACUUUGCCGUAGACAUUAAUGGCAAUACGCAGUUUGCCUGUGAAUAUCGCCCUCCCGGCAACGUACAGGGCCAAGUACAGGAUAACGUCUUCAGACCCAUUGAUGAAGGAGAGAGCCGAUAGUCGGUCAAAACCACGACCUACUUUGAAUAUAAUACCGGCUAGUUUUUCAGACUACCUGUUAUUCUCGCCAUUUUGUUCUCUUACUUGAGAACACUAAUCUACAUAGCGGGGCAUAUUGCCUUAUGCAUUGGUUCUACAUAGGUUCAACUCGGUACAGCAUGAACACAUCUCAGAUUAAUAUGUCUAAUUAAAGGGUGGUGGUCGUCGCACAGCUUACUGUAAUAUAAGGGACUCAUAGCGACGCAUACAAUGCGUGUAAAGUAGCGCUGUGCGACGACAACACUACUUUUCAUUUCUAUAUACAGUAAAUCUAACAUUAAUGUACUAAACAACAGUGUUGUCAAACAUUGCUUCGUAAUGUAUAUUUUUGAUCCACCGGUCUGCAAGGAACAAAUAAAAACAGUGCAAACAUACGAGAA